CUGCUACAUAGCCUCAGCAAAUCCAUUAGGCUGCCGCUGUUCCCGCCUACUUAUCUUCAUUCUUUUACUCUUAUUCCCCUCGGGCUCUGUAGGCAUCUAUACGAGUAUUGUUCCAUGCGAUAUGAAGCGCGCUUAGCACUUCCUACACCAUGGAUAUCGCUAGCAGCGCUAUCGGACUCUUGAACUUUGCGAUCGAAUGCUUUAAUAAUAUUCAGCUGGCACGGGAGUUUGAACAAGAAUUCUCGACGUACCAGUUGAAACUUGACGUCCUCCAGGUCCGUCUUUCACGAUGGGGAGAGGUUCUUAGAAGCACCAACCCCAGCAAUAGCGGAUCCCAGGCUGGGGACAGUCGAACUGCCCGGAAAAAAGAGCCCGACGACGAUGCGGACCCAGCUACGAAAGCACAUCGUAUCCUCAGCGAGAUCCAAGACACCAUCUUGAGCGCUCAACGUCACGCAAGACGGAUAGAGACCCGACUUGGGGUGGCCGAUAAGAAGCUACUCGACCCCGAGGUAUACGUCCCGGCCGACCUCAAGAAGAUACGGAUAAGGUUCCGCGAGUGUGUCCGUAGGUGGAAAGCAAAGGCGGGGAAAGUUGUCGAAGCGACCAAAUGGGCUUUUUACCAGAGGGCUAGCUUUGAAAAGUUCGUCACGGAUAUGUCCGCACUAGUCAGCGAUCUCGAGAACCUGUUCCCCGAAGACGCCAGGCAAAAGCUUUCCGACCUCAGCAAGGAAGAAUGCGACGGCAUCAGCAAGUCCAACCUAGAGGAGCUCAAAGACAUCGUUGAAGAGUGCGACCCGUGGCUAGGAACUGCAGUAGACGAGAUGCUCCAGAGUAGACUCAGCGCGGGUACCAACAUCACUCAGUCACACAAUACCGGUAUGGUGACGGGGAUACAUCGCGGCGAUGUCAAUGGUGUCAGCAACGGGAAUGGUAACAAAACCCGGAACUACUGGGGUAGAACUUGAUACUUCUGUGUCUACCGAAGAUUUGCAGAGACUUUUGGUCUGCGAAUCAUUGCGUUAGCUUCAGCAGGAUGUAUCCGUCCUGCAGAGAAUAGGUUGAUGGUAAUAUAAUACAAGUUUCCAUGGUACUCCAACAUCAUCGCUUUCUGUCAGAUAGUAUAAAUCAUUAUUUGCCUGCAUAUACGAUGCAGCCCUACUAAAUGCGGAGGAUAAGAAUCCUACGGGUAUCCAUCCAACCCUACUUGUGGGGGCCAG